AUGGAUGCAAGCUCUUUAAUUCUAAACCCCAAAAGGCAGAAAUUGGAUGGAGGAGAAGAGGUGGAAGGAAGCAGCAAGAGUUUAAGUAAUUUGCCUGAUGUGGUCAUUCAAAAAAUUAUCUCCCUGCUUGAAACAAAAGAUGCAAUCAGAACAAGCAUACUGUCUAAAAGAUGGGAAUACUUAUGGACAUCAAUUCCCAAUCUUAACUUUUAUAAAGGGCUGUUUGCUACGAGGUCUUCCCUGGUGAAUAUUGUGGAAAGAGCACUUCUUCUUCGUGGUCCUGCUGAUAUAGAGACGUUCGAUCUUACGUUUCCAGUGCUAGAUGAUGCAUGUCGUGUUAAUGCAUGGAUUGAUGCCACAGUAAGGCGCAAUGUUAAAAAGCUUUAUCUCUACCUGCAUAGCCUCAAAGAACCAUUUUACUUGCCUCAUUCCUUAUUUACUUCUACAACACUGGUGGCCGCAGAACUAGAUAUUCCUUUCCUUUUCAAGGCUCCUUCUACUGUUUGUUUCUCAAGUCUAAGGACCUUGUCUCUUAGGUCCAUUGUGUUUUCUGAUGACUCAACGCAGCAGCUGUUUUCUGGGUGUCCAGUCCUUGAGGAAUUAUCUAUAGAAGAAUGCAAAUGGAUGAAUCUCAAGGGCGAGCUCCUAAAUGAAUACUGCUUUUAUGACUCGUCCUCACCUAAUGAAGCUGAGAUUCAUCUUUCUUAUAAUUUUACUAAGAAAUUGAGACCCACUGCUUACCGCUUGUAUAAGCUCCUUAGAGGGCUCUCUAGUGUGAAGGAAUUAGUUUUCUCUGAUUCUAAUGCCUUUGAGGUGAUUCUAGGUAAUGCACCAGAACUUGUUGCCCAGAUGCCCUUGUUCAACGAUCUGACCACUUUGGUACUGGAAGACUCAGUAUAUAUUGAUAAUAAAGCACUGUUGACGAUGCUCCAGUACUGUUCUUGUCUUGAAACUUUGGUAUUCGUUGAGGGGAUUGGCCUGUCCUCGGAUCGUGUAGAAGAUGAUGGGGUGUUGGAGCCACUGCCUCCAUGUUUCUUGUCACAUCUUAAAAUGGUUGAAGUCGGUGAUUUUUCUGGAGAUGAGAAUGAGCUUAAUGCAUUGGAGAUUUUGCUAAAGAAUGCAAUGGUCUUAGAGAAUAUGCUUCUAGCUUGCACCACGGAAUUUCAAGGGGGACCAGAGAAGAAAACGGAAAUUGCCAAACAGUUAUCAAAUCUUGCCAAAGGACCAGAAAGCUGUGAAGUUGUUCUUAAACACUUGGCACAUGCACAUUUUGGCAAAACAGUCAAUAGCAAGUCUUCAGAUCAUAACCAAUGGUCAUGGGUUACUUUCUGGCCAUCUGAUUGCCUUUGCUUGCCUGACUAA